AUGCCUCCCAAGAAGAAGAAUGUGGAGACCGCCCCGGCCAAGCCUGUAAUGGCUUCGGCCAAAACCUCAACCAAACCUACGGCCAAAGCCGCAUCCAAGCCUGCUGCGACUGGCCCUGGUCGCUCCAAGAAGACCGACGCCGCCCCGGCCCCUAAGCCCACUACCACCAAGACCACCAAGGCCUCGGUGAAGAAGGUCACCAAGACGGUGACGAAGAAGGAGCCCGUCGCUGCCGCCGCCGGCGCGUCAAAGAAGAAGACGCAGCCCGCCGAGAAGGCCACCACGGCCAAGGGCAAGGCCACGACCAAGGCCUCGACCAUGUCGACCUCCGGGUCGAAGAAGCGCAAGGCCGAGGAGGCCGAGGAGGAGAAGCCCCGCGCGCCCAAGAAGCCUCGCGUCAUCCGCGAGCCCAAGUCCAAGGUCGUGAAGCCAAAGGCCGUUCCCCCCAAGGUCGUCAUCAACGAGGUCCCCAAGACUCGUCUGAACGUGUUUGUCUGUGGUGAGGGAAGCUCCGGUGAGUUGGGACUGGGUGCAGCCAAGGCUGCCAUCGACGUGAAGCGACCCCGACUCAACAAGUUCCUGGACGCCCAGGAAGUUGGUGUCGUGCAAGUCGCAGUCGGAGGCAUGCACUGCCUGGCCCUAACCCACGAUAACAAGAUCUUCACCUGGGGUGUGAACGACCAAGGCGCGCUCGGACGCGACACGACCUGGGACGGUGGCUACAAGGAGAUCAAGGAGGACGCCGGUAGUGGCUCGGAUUCGGAAGACGAGGACGACGACAGCGGUCUGAACCCGCGGGAGUCCACUCCCACCGCCAUCCCUUCCACCGAAUUCCCCGAGGGAACUGUCUUCGUUGCCGUUGCUGCCGCCGAUAGCGCGAGCUUUGCUCUGACCGACGAUGGUCAGGUUUACGGCUGGGGAACCUUCCGAAGCAACGACGGAAAGAUCAAGCAGCUCGCCUGUGGUGCUAACCAUGUCCUCGCCCUCAACGACCGCGGAAGCGUCUUCUCCUGGGGUUCUGGCCAGCAGAACCAGCUCGGUCGCCGCAUCGUCGAGCGCAACAAGCUCCACGGUCUGCAGCCUCGCGAGUUCGGCCUGCGCAAGAACAUUGUCCACGUCGGCUCCGGUUCCUACCACUCCUUCGCCGUGCACGCCAACGGCACGGUCUACGCCUGGGGUCUGAACUCUUUCGGUGCCACCGGUAUCCGUGACAACGCUGGUGACGAUGAAGCCGCCAUCUCUCACCCUCUCCCCGUCGAGUCGCUCUCCAAGCAGGACAUCACCCAGCUCUGUGGUGGCGCUCACCACUCGAUUGCCCGCACUGCCGAUGGCAAGUGCCUGGUUUGGGGUCGUGUCGAUGGUCACCAGAGCGGCAUCAAGGUCGACUCCCUCCCCGACGAUUCGGUCAUCAAGGACUCGCGCGGCCGUCCCCGCAUUCUGAUUGAGCCCACUCAAGUUCCCGGUAUCAACGCUGUCGCCGUUGCCGCCGCUUCGGACCACUCGCUUGCCAUUGACGCUGAUGGUCGUGCUUGGUCUUGGGGUUUCUCUGCCACCUACCAGACUGGACAGGGCACCCAGGAUGACAUUGAGGUGGCCACCAAGAUCGACAACACUGCCACCCGUGACCGCAAGCUGAACUGGGCUGGCGCCGGUGGCCAGUUCUCCGUCUUCACUGAUGCCGCGUGA